UCUGCAUGUCCUCCUGACGCUUUUUGACACCUACUUUUUCGUCAAAGAAUUCUCUAUGGAGUUUCUAAUUAAGUACGUUUCAACGUACUUGGCUGUGGUCGCAGUGACUAUAAACUUUGCGACUAUACUGUGGAAAAGAUACGCUGUGAGAAAGUACGCCGAGGUUUUUCAGUGUUAUAAAGUCGGUUUCCAUAACAUUACACUAAAGGCAAAAGGUAGCAUUUUUAGAGAGUCAAGAGAUCGCAUUUUGAGAGAAUCAAAAAAUGCAAACAACUUCGGUAAAGCUCAUCUGGUACUUGUUUUGAUAACAGGAAUUCUUAUUAUUCCUAUUGGUGAAGAAAGAGACACGCACUUGUCAGUGGUACUGUUCGAAAAAUACUAUCCCUUAUACGUCAUAGAAGGAAUUUAUUUUCUUUCUUUUCCUAUAAUUGCCUAUGUGUCAGUACGCUUGGCAUAUAAGUAACAUUCUGUACUUUGUUUUGCAUGCAAAAUUUCAAGUGUAUAUGUUACUGGAUUAUACUAAAGGCAUAGUCGACGACUAUGAAGAUACAGACGACAGUAAUUUACUCGAAUCAGAGGAAUACCAAUCCGUCGUUAAAGAAAGACUAAACGAGAUGAUCUUGAAGAUCAACACGCUCAUAAAAAUGGUAAACAUGGGCAGCGACUUGGCAAAAUAUUUCAUACCAACAAUGGCCACAUCGGGAGUUUUAAUGGGACUAAGUGUUAUGAGUUUUAGUUAUCUAAGCAAGUUUUUCGGUUACUGGUCUUAUUUCCAAAAUUUUAUAUGGGGCCUUACUUCAGUCAGUACUCUAAUUAUUUACGUUCAUUGCGGCCAGCAAUUAGAAAACGAAACUGAAGCAAUUUGCGAUGCCAUCUAUAAUAUUCGUUGGCUAUCAUUUAAUCUGAGUAACAGGAAAACAAUUUUAAUAUCGCUGAUUAAUGCACAAAAUCCUUUGAAGUUAAGAUUUACUGGUGGUAUUGCUUGUAAUUACGAACUAGGCAUGAAGAUAUAUAAGAAUCUCUACUCUUUUGCGGCCGUUAUGGCACGAUUAAGCGAAGUUCGUCAGACCAAAUAGGUAUAUUUCCAUGCGCAUUCACAUACUUAUCGCAAAACAUAUUUAUAAAAAAAGUGUUUAAAACGCA